GUCGAACAACAAAUGUAUUCACGAGAAAAGAUUUGAAGCAGCUGUUAAAGUGAUGAGAAGUCUACCUGAAGAUGGAACACAUGUUGUGCUGUGCUGAUGAGAGAGGACAGGGUGGAAUGGCGCAAAUGUCCAUUCUUUACAACUGUGGUCCCUUCGUACCAUCCGAAGACAUGAUGAUAAGGUUUUACAGCUACUACGAACAAGCCACGGUUGGGCCGUGCAACACCAGAAAACCCACUGGCUGGAACUCCUCUGCUAAAGCAAAAUGGGAGGGGUGGAAAGCUUUAGGCGACAUGUCGAAGGCCCAAGCCAUGAAGGAGUACGUUCAGGAAAUUAAGCUGAUCUUGGAGAUCCUGCCCGUGACAGAGGAGGUCGCCGGCCUGCUGGAUGUGCUUGAACCUUUUUACGAACUGGUUGAAGAUGAGACCGAGGGCGAGGAUGAGACCAUCACCAGUAGAUCUGAGAUAUCAGACAGCAGUGACGAAGGAACGGAAGAUGAUGCACCGGAGGAAGUAAAGAAUGAGGAGAACGGAAGCUCUGGUGAAGGUGUAGAAGAUGAUCUGGAGUUGGAGAACCUUGCUGAUGAUGGGGGUGAUGACAAUGGGCAGAAGUUGCAGUCUGACGACUCCAACAGCGAGUUAUUGUACAGUGGCUCAGUGGAACAGUCUUCAGAUGAAGAGGGUUCAGAUGCAGCCGAGGCCCGUUUGGCACAACCAGCAGCGACUAGAGCCAGAAAUCAGGAGGGGCCGAGGCAAAACACAGAGGAUCAGUGUGUGACUCUAGAUGGGUACCCACGGGGAGCAGGACCAACCCCACUUGUUUUGGAGAUGCAUGAACCGGUCCAGUUUGACAGGGGCUCAGUUAGAAGAGGAAGAGGAUGCAGGCUAACAGGGAACGCUGUGCCACCCUGCAGUGGUACCGUAACAUCAGUAAAUGUUCGUUCUGAGUUUACAAAGACGUACAUGGACAUACAGAUCACCGAGCUGUUGGCACGUCUACAGAAUGACAUGCAGAGCAUCUUAGAGAGGCUGAACAGUCUGGAAAAUCAGAAACGGUCACACGUUCAAACAUCUGCACCUCAGCGUGAUCCUCAGCGUGUUUCAGCCAGAAAGCAGAUUUACCGGCACCAGUUGGACGUGUCACCAAUCUCACUGGCAUUUAUGCUCGUCUGGCCUUUUGCUGUGCAUUGGCUGGUGCAACUUUAUCUACAGAGAAAAAGAAGUGGAAGAUAAGGAAAAGAGGAGGACACUGAACAUGGUUAAAGACCUCAGGAGUGAAUUCUACUCAACUGGCUUUAACAUUUUUACAUUUUUGUUCACGCUAAACUGGCAAAACCUGUCACAUAGAACUGUUUAUGAAUGUAACAGACAUACAUUUAAUUUACAUCUGGGGUUUAUAAUGUAACUCAGGUCUUUAUGCUGAUCAGAUGUGCUGCAUUCAAUACGUCAAACCUCCAUCAGUCCAAUAUUUCAUGCUAACAGGCACAUUUUUAAAGGGGUUGCUUUAAUGUUUUGACUCAUCAGUGUAAAUAAACAACAAGUAAUGAUAUUAUUACGGGACUGUUUAUUGUUAUAGAUCUUGUUUUUCUUUACUGCGUUUGAGUUUUUGGAAUCGAGAAAUGUACCGAAUAGAAUCGACUCUUUGAAUCAAACCCAUUGAGUUCAUAUCAAAUUAAUAAAAACUGACUCGGAGUCGACUCCUAAUUUUUGGAAUCGUGCAACCUUUCAUUCAAAGUAGCUCACUAAAUCACAAGCGGCUCGUUAAUGAUUUAACUAAUUUGUCGCAUAUUAAAGUGGUUCAACUUGUAUUUAUUGAAAUAACUGUUAAUUGUGUUUAUAUUAAGCGUUUAAAAGAUCAAACCAAGUACU